GCCCGUUCAACAUUUUCCAUCGUGUUGCUCACUGGGCCUUGGAAAACCAAGGUCUGUGUACUCUUGGAGGCAUGUUUUCUUCACUGUUCCUCUGCUCCAUCCUCCUGAUGUUUCCUAGUAUGAUUGGUUCACAAGGACGGACAUUCCUGAUGGUUUAUGUGCUGCAUGGACUUUACCAAGGCCCCAUUGCAAACAUCCAGCGUAAUGUGCAGGACAUGGCCUCCUCCAUGGGCUGUAACAGACCUGCAGAUCACACACAGCAAGGUGAUGUGGAGAAUGCUGACAGAGCCUUAUGUGCAAGCAGUGCAGGAGAUAGUGGUUGUAUCUCUGGCUCUGUUCGUGUGUGUUCUGCUUGCCGUUGAUGGAAUCCUGUACAACAUCUUUGACCUCAUCCGAAGACACACUUUCACCACAUACUCGGCUACUAGUGUUCAUCACAUAGACAUUGUAAUUGGUGGAGAUUCCAUGUUAGCCAGACUUCUGCGGAAAACCAUUGGUGCCUUCAACACCUCCUCCAAUCUUGAUGUGCAAUCCAGUAACUUCCGUAUACACCAAUCGUCUGUGCAGGGUCAUCACUGCCUUCUACUCCUACAAACAGUCCCAUUCUGUUUAGCAACCCUACAGUGACAUCCAUCUAAGGGGCCCAGCACCUUAUGAAUGACUGAUUGUGCCAAUGGAUGGUUUGUUUGGAUCGAGAGACAGAAGCUAGUACUCCUGGCAGUGUUUAUCAUUAACAAUAUUGGUCUGUCAUAAAUAUCAGCAGCUCCUUAUGCUUUCUUUGGCUAAGGAGCUUAAAUGAGUCAUUGUUCUGCAUGUGCUGCUGCUUUCUAAUGCUGAUCACAUUUUCUAUUACAUAACCAGACAGAUAUAGGAAUAAUAGCUGUUGCACUUGCAGUAAUGUAAUGUGUGUAUGGCAGCUAU